UUUCUUACACUCAAGUACAGAUGAGCAAAUGGUCACGCCUGGCAUCAGGGACGACUGACAAGUUCGCUUCUGUCAAAGAUUCGCCAUUUUAGCACGGGCUGUUCGUCCGUCACAAUUUUUCCAUCGUGAUUGUGUCGCAAGCGCAAGUUGCGAGCAAGGGACAGUCAACGAAAAUAUGCUUCGCUCUGCCGCCGGUCAACUUUUCGGUGUCCUCCGCGGCACCGUCGGAUUGACCACGAGCCGUCUCGGAACGGCCGGAGUGGUCCGUCACUCGCACAGCGAAGAGAGCGCCGAGGACUUUGACUCCCGCUAUGAGGCGUACUUUAACCGCCCGGACAUUGAUCACUGGGAGGCCCGCAAGGCAAUGAACGACCUGCUCGGCAUGGAUCUGAUUCCGGACCCGAAGAUUAUGAACGCCGCCCUGAAGGCGUGUCGUCGGCUGAACGAUUACGCGCUGGCCAUCCGCUUCCUGGAGGGCUGCAAGGACAAGUGCGGCAACAAGGUCAACGAAAUCUACCCGUACCUGCUGCAGGAGGUCCGACCGACGCUGACCGAACUCGGAAUCGAUACCCCGGAGGAGCUGGGCUACGACCAGCCCGAGUUGGCCCUCAAGUCCGUCUUCGACACCCACUAAGAAGGGGGAGGUGGGACGUUGUUUUAUGGUCGCGCCGCCGGUCAAAUUUUGUGUUAAGAAUAAAGUGUGUACGGUUUAGAUCCGGAAUUUGCAGAAAUUGGUAAUGGCGCGGUUAUGUAAUCAUCAUUCGUAUGUCGUCGUCACUCUGUGCGAGGGGCAGACGGCGAAAAAUCAGUAAUAAAGCGAUGGAUAGUUCGAAAAUGUU